AUUAUCUCUUAAUUCUGGCAAAGCUAUGGCACUGGUAGUGUGGGCUGCGCGAUAAAACAUGGCCUUGGUACAAUCACAUGUGGUAAUUAGUCUACUUUUAAUUAUCACUUCUCAAGUGUCUAUCGGCGAUAUUCAAAUUAUUGGUUAUAUUGAUCAGGUUUGGAUGAAGGAAUAAAGUGCGGAUGGAAUAUAUUCCGCAAUCAAGCAGAAAAAGAAAAAAAUGUCUAGCCAGCGGUUGUGUAACGCAUUGAGUGAGCUCGCUCGUUUGGCAGAAAUGUACCCACAAUGCUUUGCGCGUCGUUAGCUGUGACCCUUCUUGAUGUAUUUCCUUCGCCAGAAAUCUUUCCAAGGUCAGCAACCCUUCCCAGCUCCCAGUUCGGGCGCUGGGCAACGAGCGCAGACUGUCUGUUGCAAACGCAAUCUUGUCACGUAUAACACUGAAGUCUUACACGUGCAGUCUUUUUGUAUAGAGUGUGCGAUAAACAGACGUUCACGGUGAAUAAAACAAAUCCUGAACAACUACCCACUACGAGCCCAGUCUAAGUUCAAAGUUACCUCUAAUAUGGCUUGGGUUCAGCUGAUUGCCUUUCUGGCAUUCAUCGUGUGCGGGGUUUUCACUGACAGCACGGUGGGCAAUGAUCCCAUCCGUGGCAGUGGAGCUCAAACCGUCUACGAGCAGCAUAUCAUUAUCAACCCGCUGGAUGGUCUCUCGUGCUCCGGGACUGUUUGUAACUACUCCACAAUCCAAGAAAUUGUCUCCGGUGAGUUACAGAAUACGACUCGUCGACUGGCUCAGCUGGAAACACACAUUGCUAGCAAAUCAGAUGUCAUGACACUAUCUACAGAGUUGACUUACGUCAAACUACAGCUAGAAAAGAUAAAGGAAUCCGUCAGUGAGCUUGCUGAACUCCUGAAAAACGCCACAGUUAUCCCUGCUACAUCUCCAUUUAUGUCACCCGCGCCUCCCAAGGACUGCUCUGACGUCUUUGCAAACGGCGUUACUACCAGUGGUGUGUAUAAGGUCCAACCUGCCGGUCAUGAAUGUUCAUUUAAUGUGUACUGCGAUAUGGAGACAGACGGCGGCGGAUGGACGGUGUUUCAGCGGCGUCAAGAUGGUAUAGUUGACUUCUACCGCGACUGGGAGAGCUACCGCCAGGGCUUCGGUGAUUUGAACGGUGAAUUCUGGCUCGGCAAUGACAACCUGCACCGACUCACCGCUCAGGGCGAGUACAGACUGCGCGUCGAUCUCGAGGACUUCGAAAACAUCACUGCGUAUGCCGAGUACGACACGUUUCGUGUUGCUGAUGGGAGGGACAGCUACCAGUUGACGGCGAUAGGAUAUUCAGGAACGGCUGGUGAUUCAUUGUCUGGUCACAGUAACCAUCCCUUCAGCACCAAAGACCGCGACAACGACUCCAGCGAUUCUGAAUGUGCUAUAGCUUACUCCGGCGCCUGGUGGUACUCAAGCUGUCACUCCUCCAAUCUGAACGGCCUGUACCUCAGUGGGGAGACGGAUGUCUACGCCAAGGGCGUAGUUUGGCAAGGGUUUAAAGGGUACUACUACUCACUGAAACGUACUGAGAUGAAAAUCAAGAUCACAUAUAAUUAGGUCUCAAGAGUUAAUCUUAGGCCAACUUGUUCGUAUCAGGAACCUAGAUGGACGAAAUCUCGUAAAUUCAUUUAUAAUUCCAAUCGUUUUUUUUUUUCUGGGCAUAUAUUUAUCCACAUUUUUCUCUUUAGAAACUUCGGUCAGCAAUUAACACAACCUUGCUAUCUUUUUUAUAAAUUAAUUUUAAAAAUAUGUAGGCAAGUCCUAAACGUCAAUGUUCAGCUGAUUGAAAUCGUUCGUCAAUACUUCAAACAUUUGUAGAUUUUAAUUGGUAUGAGUAGUCCGGGCAACCCCUGCAGAAGGAAACCAAUUCCGCAGAUGAAACCUCUCAGAAAUUCUGGUCUUAAAUCAUUUCGUUUUUUAUUUUAGUUUCCUUAACUGCUUAUUGUAACUCACGAUGCCCCUGCAUGACUCACUGAGCAAUUUUGCUUUUGGGUGGGACAAGCCAUCUUUUGUUUCAGCAUCCAGCAAAUAUUUGCCAGAACUGUUUUAAUUUUAAAUCCAAACUUUAUUCCCAGGAAUCAUACAAAUCACUUUCGUGUGCAUGCUUGUAAAUGAAUACAGUGAGCAUUGGCUAUAAUAUUUUUGACAGAUCUAUUAUUAGAAAGAAGUUGACUCUCAUAGAAUUGGUUUCAAAAUGAACAGAAGGCAUUAAAGGGAAAAUGCUUGCAUUCUCGACACUUCUACAUACAGACCACAGACCACAUAGGUCUGCCUUUCCUAGACCGGUACACUUUUUCACCCGCGUCACGGGAUUGCGCUAAAUGUAAACAAUACUUGAAUAAGUAGAUUACCAUCACAAUACUAUGCACUCAUUACCAUCACAACACAUUGCGGUCCAGUACGAUUGUGACAUCACAGGAAAAAGGUUUAUUCACAUCGGAGCCAUGAGUUUUUUUCAGUUGUUGAAUUGUGUAUUUAUAAGCGUCUAUAUGAAAUGCGUCUACAGGACAGUUAUUUUUUACCUCUCCAGUCAUAGAUUUUGAGCCUUUGAACGUUUGCCAUCGCUACAAGUUGCAUUGCAGCUGUAAAGACCAUUUACAAAACGCUGUUGCAGGAGAACACAAGCUAGAACUAGACGUUUCUGAUGCUUGGCGGAGGAAAUUGUAGCUUAGUUUACAAGUAUGGAGCAUAUCGACUAACAUGAGGAUAAUAGUGAAGUGUGUUGCUGAAAUGUACUUGUUUAAAAAUUGUAACUGAAUAAAACAAGCUUGUAUCCUGGUAUUACUCGA